AUGACGUCCGACAGCCAUGCGGUUAGAAUGGAUUCUACGGGCCAAAACACAUUCGCGGGCAAACGACCAACGUUCCAUUCAUUCGAAACCAGUGCUGCCAUCAUUAAGAGAGGCGGCUGGAAAAUCCGCAAUCCUGACAUCCGAGAGUUGUCUGACAAGGCUACCGCUCAAGCCUUUAUCAAAACCCUCCCUCGGGGCGAUCGGCGUCGCAAUUGGGAGGAAAGUCGUUUCCGGUUGCUAUGCAUCAAGGUCGAGAAUCGGAGUCAGAUCCUCGAGCAGACAGCCAUUGUGAGCACGGCAGCUGAGUCGGGAUGGAUAAACAGCGAAUUUGCGACAAACAUUAUAAAAGGGAAUGCAGGAUCUGCGGUUCUCAUGGAGAAGGGAAAUAUCAGUAGUAGCAUCCGUCUUUCCUUCUCCUUGUUGUGUGCAUUCCAAACUGAGAUUUUGAGAGCAGGUCUCAAUUUCCAGACCCCAAACGACAAGCUGCCCUUUAUCACUCUCUCCAUUUCAGAGCUCCAUCGACCGGGACGUCAACGAGGAUCUGACUGGGUUUGCCUUCUUUUCACGGGUCCGGGGGUUGAUUUGGAGUGGUUGCUCAGCGAGCAUCCAUUCCCAUCGGACUAUGCCUCGCUGUUUCCAGACUUCAUGUUUCUGCCUGUCUCCAUCCUCAGGCAAGAAGUAGAGCGCGUCGGGGCUGGCUUGAUGAAGUUGAAGGAAGACGUGCUAGAUAAACACGGUGAAGUCUUGUCCAGCGAUCCAGCGGACCUCGGUGACACCAAGAAAACUCUUUUCGAGCUGGACAGGAAAUACCUCGAGCUGCAGGAGAGGUGGAAGUUUGGACAAGUCCUUGCUGCAAACCUUAUCAAAUGCUUUGGCGAAAUCGUGAGGUUACAAACCAAGGAAAUUGACAAGUUGAAGUACUCAAAAACCCUCUUGCAGCAGGUUGAGACCCAGAUCGCACUCUCGAACAUGGCACAGCAAGAACUUGAUGCCAUUCCUUCGAGGUUGAACCAGCAGCACCGGAUGAUUGAUUCCAAAUUGACGAUAAUGAUUGCAGAGGACACUCGCCGCGACAGCUCCUCGAUGAAGACCAUAGCGGUGCUCACCUUGAUCUUCUUGCCAGCCACUGCUCUGGCGUCCAUUUUCGGCAUGUCCAUGUUCGAUUGGAAGGCCCAGGAGGGAAAGGACAUUGUCUCUCAUCGUUUCUGGAUAUAUGUGAUUGUCGCAGUUCUGCUAACAUUGGUCGUUCUUACUGUCUGGUUCUUGUGGUACGCGCGGACCCAAAGGUCGUAUGAAAAGAUAUGGCGAAAGGAUGAUGUCGAAUCCGCCAACACUUAUAGUUCGAAGCCAGAGGACUAG